AUGCGGGGCAGAAACACACAACGUGCUGACAGGCAAGCCAGCUGCCCGGCUCCGGUCAUUGGUCAAAACUUGUGUGUGCGGUGUACCACAGACUACCAGUAUCAGCGUGCUUCCCAAAGUGCACUGGAAAUCUAUGCACCAAAAUCCCUGGCCAAGAUCGAUGCGGAGAAAAGUGGGCAAAUGCUCCUUCGCUUGGUGUAG